AUGGUAACACAUGCCAAUGGCUGUGAGCAGGGUCAAUUUGACGAUGCGCAUGAAGGUUCACAUAAUACGACUGAGGUACCCGAAACAGCGUUAGUAUCUAAUGACAGUGAACGUGUGGAAGGAAGAGGCAGCGCAAACUACAUUGAUGACCCCAAUCUUCUCGAGUGGUCAGAGGAAGAAGAUGGAGAGGAUGACGAAGACGAAGACGGGAUAAGAGAAGAAGAUUUUGAUGAUAACCGGGUCGAUGAUGAGGACUGGGAUGUCACUGAGCGCGACUUUACGAAGCAAUAUAACCGAUUGCGACAGCAUGUCGCAGUGAGGUCAGGUGCUGCCGAAGGGACACAGCAGGCGACAGCUAAGAGCACAUCCGCCGUCGCUGUGCUUCCCGCUGUGAAUCGUCCACGACGAACCGGGAAUGCACCUACCACGCAAUUGUCGUCGUCGAUCAACCACCAGGACAAGACUACUACGGACCAACUCGCCUCAUUAUCUAAAUACUCCGGGCGUCUAAAGCAUGUUCAUGAGCCAUAUAGGAUGGGUAUGGGUGCAAGUGUAAACCGUAAAGGACCAAGUGCGCAUGCAAACUUGAAGGAUAAAGCGGAUCGUGCUACGAAUGAGCAGGUCCUGGACCCACGAACGCGCAUUAUAUUGUAUAAGAUGAUCGGUCGCGGACUGUUACAGGAGAUCAAUGGCUGUGUGAGCACUGGCAAGGAGGCGAACGUCUACCACGCCCUGUCUCCCGAGGGCAAACAUCUGGCUCUGAAAAUCUAUAAAACUUCUAUUCUUAUCUUCAAAGAUCGUGACCGCUAUGUUUCUGGUGAACAUCGUUUUCGGACUGGGUAUUCACGCCACAACCCACGGAAGAUGGUUAGAGUGUGGGCGGAGAAAGAAAUGCGGAACCUCAAGCGAUUAGCAGUUGCUGGUGUUCCAGGUCCGAGACCUAUCGAAGUUCGAGAGAAUGUACUUGUCAUGGAAUUCCUCGGUGACGAGGAGGGAUGGGCUUCUCCUAGACUUAAAGAUGCCAAGAUUCCUGAAUCUGAGCAUCCAAGGCUCUACCAAGACCUCCUUUUAACCGUGCGACGUCUCUUUCACGAGUGUCACCUCGUUCACGCCGAUCUUUCCGAGUACAAUAUACUCUAUGACGCAAAUUCGCUUUUCAUCAUCGACGUCUCACAGUCUGUUGAGCACGACCAUCCACAUGCGUUUGACUUCCUACGCAAGGAUAUUGGGAAUGUUGAAGAGUUCUUUUCGCGACGCGGUGUGCGGACUCUGGGUUUACGCCGAGCAUUCGAUUUCGUGACCCGCGUGCGGUCGAGUCUUCUAUCUGAGCUUGACUCUUCCGUCGCUGAAGGGGAAUCAGUAAGCGGAGGGACGAAUCCUCUGUCAAAGGAAAAGGAAACUUUGCAGCGUUGGCUCGAGAUGGCUGAGACCGACGGUGCAGAACGAGCCGAAGGAGUGUCGAACAACGAGUCAGAAGUUCACGCUUCCCACGAAGAUGCCGUCUUCAUGCGCUCUUUCAUUCCCAGGAAUCUCAAUGAAGUAUUCGAUCCUGAACGUGACGUCGAAGUACUCACCAGAGGAGAAGGGAAAAAACUAAUAUACGCUGACACUAUUGGACUCGUACACCCUACUUCGGCUUUGACGAAUAAAUCCGAGUCGACUCCACGCAAAGAGGGUACGACUUCGGUAAGGUUUGUAGAGGACGGCAUCCAGGAUAUGUCGAUCGGUGAGGAUGUUACUUCUAAGGCAGAAAGCAAGGAGGACGUCGGCGAAGUGGUAGAACUCGAAGGUGAAGAGAACAGCUCCGACGAUGAUGAUGACGAUGAGUCCUCCACGGCUACCGAUGACGAGAAAUUCGAAAGCAGCAAAUCCGGCGAGCACAAACCCCACGGCCACAAACACGAAGACCGCGAGCUGAAAAGGGAGCGAAAGAAAGCCGUCAAGGAAGAAGCCCGAGAAAAACGGAAACACAAAAUGAAGAAGGCAGAGAAGAAGAAAAAGAUAAAGGCAACAAGAAGGUCUUGACACCAUAGUGCGUUUUUUUCAUUUGGCACAUUUGCAGGUGUAUGAGACUUGAUCCUACGCCCAAUUGUCUUCGAUCAAUAGAGUAUUUAGAGACGUAUUUUUACAGCAACUCGUAGCAAGAAAGGACAUGUAUUUGAAUCUG